AUGGCGACUACCGAUCCACGAGAACAAGCAUUGGGAGAUUACAGAAGAAAGCUUCUUGAACACAAGGAGCUGGAAGCUCGACUAAAAGAAAUGAGAGAAAACUCCAAGGAGCUAACAAAACAGUAUGAUAAAUCAGAAAAUGACCUCAAAGCCUUACAGAGUGUAGGACAGAUUGUUGGAGAAGUUUUAAAACAGCUGACAGAAGAUAAAUUCAUUGUUAAAGCUACGAAUGGACCAAGAUAUGUUGUUGGUUGUCGACGCCAGCUGGACAAGACCAAGCUCAAGCAGGGAACUCGUGUUGCCCUGGACAUGACCACACUAACCGUUAUGAGAUACUUACCUCGUGAGGUUGAUCCACUGGUGUACAACAUGUCAAUGGAGGAUCCUGGUGAUGUGAGCUACAACCAGAUUGGUGGUCUCGGUGAACAGAUCAGAGAACUUAGAGAGGUUAUUGAACUUCCGCUGUUGAACCCUGAGCUGUUCCAGAGAGUAGGCAUCACCCCUCCAAAAGGCUGUCUUUUGUAUGGUCCUCCAGGUACUGGUAAAACUCUCUUAGCUCGAGCUGUUGCCAGUCAGCUGGAUGCAAACUUCUUAAAGGUUGUCUCAAGUGCUAUUGUAGACAAAUAUAUUGGAGAAAGUGCCAGAUUGAUCAGAGAGAUGUUCGCCUUUGCCCGGGAUCAUGAACCCUGUAUUAUAUUCAUGGAUGAAAUAGACGCUAUUGGUGGGAGGAGAUUUUCAGAAGGAACAUCUGCAGACAGAGAAAUACAGAGAACAUUAAUGGAGUUGUUGAACCAGAUGGAUGGAUUUGAUGCAUUAGGUCAGGUAAAAAUGAUAAUGGCAACAAACAGACCAGAUACACUAGACCCUGCUUUACUACGACCAGGACGCUUAGACAGAAAGAUAGAAAUCUCAUUGCCAAAUGAACAGUCAAGAUUAGAAAUUAUGAAAAUCCAUGCACAGCCUAUAGCCAAGCAUGGAGAAAUAGAUUGGGAAGCUGUUGUCAAAUUGUCUGAUGAUUUUAAUGGAGCUGAUUUGAGAAAUGUUUGCACAGAAGCAGGUAUGUUUGCUAUCCGUGCUGAACGCGACUACGUAAUAGAAGAGGAUUUCAUGAAAGCUGUUCGUAAAGUUGGUGACAACAAGAAGCUGGAAUCUAAAUUGGACUACAAACCCCUUUAAUAGACUGUUAGAUAUACAAAUACCACAAAUGUGACAUGUUUUCAUCGAUGGAUACAAAACAUGACAAUAUUUAUGGAAAAUGAACUCAUCACAUCAUCAGUGUGAUUCCAUAUUCUUAUGAUUACAUCUAAAGUGUUACAAUAAAGACUUGUACAGAUUUCUGUUUUC